GUCAACAUGACGUCAACCCCAAUUGUCUUUCAUCAUCAACUAUACCAUCAUUCAAACAUCUCAUGUAUAUAUAAUCAAUUCCUUUCAAAAACCCCGUUAAACUCCAUUCCAGUCCCCAAUCCCUUCUCCCAUCCUACCCCUCCACCCUACCCAAGACCAACCACAAUGUCCGACUUCACCAACACCGACCCCCUCAGCCUCGCCAAACAGGCCGAAGCCGACCUAAACUCGCGUUCCGCGAAAACCGGCCAUGGAACAAGCGACACGACCGUUGAAUCAGGCAUCGACGAUACCGCAACUUCAAAAUUCCCCGGGUCCACCGUGACCUACGGCUCCGCGGCGUCGGGCGCAGGCGAUAACCGCGAGAUACCCAUUUCCGAGGGAGGAGGGCUGGAUCCGAAGACCGGGCGUGCGUAUAAAGCGCGCGACUUUGAAGGCGAAGGCGGACCGGAGGACAAGGCGACGAAGUAUGCGGAGGAGAAUCCGGGAAAUGAUGAUGUGGAUAAUGUGAGGAGGUAGAUAAGAUGGACUGAAAAACGAAGGGGGAGACUGAACCGGUACCGCGAGCGUGCAUCUCCAUGGAAUGCUACAC